AUGUCAACCAAUGGCGAUUCAGUUAGUGAUGGUAAAAAUGCAAAUGGUGUAACCCAACCAACAACUUGGAAAUUUAAACCACAAACCCCUACAGAUUUUAAUAUUACAGUUGGAAGAAGAAAAAGAAGAAAUUCUGAACCAGGUGUAUUGGUGCAAAGAUCUUAUAAAAACUAUGUUACUCAUUGGAAAUUAGAAAGUAAAAAACCACCAAAAAAUAAAGAAACCAAAGAAGAGAAAAAGCAACAGCAAUUACAACAAGUGCAACAACAUCAACAAUUCAAUAAUCAACCACCACAACAAAGUCAACAGCAACCACCACAACCACCACCACCCUCUCAAUUCCAACCACCACAGUUCCACCACAUUCAAAUUCAAAAAUCGCAACAUAGUAACAACCAACAAAAUCAUCAACAAUAUAACCCAAAUCCUAACCAAGAAGGCUUUCAAUCGACCCCACACCAACAAAAAUCACAAUACCAAUCACAAUAUAACAGCAAUAAUAAUAAUAAUAAUAAUAAUAAUAAUAGCAAUAAUAAUAUGAGUAGAUCACCAACAUCAUCACCGUUAUUAUUCCCAUCAGCGUCAUCAGCCUUUACAUCAAUUAAAUCAUCACCACGUUCAUCAUCAAACUCACCAUUUCAACAAGAACAAACAUUCUAUUCAGAGAGAGAUUUACCAUUUUCACGUCCUCAAAGAAAGCCUUCUAUUGGUGAAGAUUAUAAAUUUCAUCCCUAUAAUAAAACCAUCACUAUUUUAAGUAGUGAUAAUUGUAAUAAUAAUAAUACUCAACAAAACCAAAACUGUACAGAUAUUUCAAACGAAGAUGAUUCUAGUUUAUCAAAUCACCAUUAUAAUAGACUAACACAAAGACGUGUUUCAUUACCAAUUUUUAGUCACAGAUCAAGCUCCCCAGAAAGAUCACUCUCACCAAUACAUGAAAGAAACAAUCAUCAACAUUAUCAACAAAAUAAUAGUAAUAAUAAUAAUAAUAAUAACAAUGGAGGAAGCUAUAACCCAACACUUCCAUCCAUACCAUUUAAUUUCGAGAACAGAAGACCAUCAAGAGAAGAUCAAAGCUUAAUUAAGCAAUAUAUAUCACAGCAUAUUCAUGAAAAAAAGAAUUAA